AUGGCACCACUAAAGAAAGAAGAGGAUCCGGUAAAGGUUCUACUGCGAGGUCGCGUCAAACGCGAUAACAUAUUAAAUUCGGUUAAAAAUAUUCACGCCACAGCAUUAGAGGCACGCGCUGAUAUUGGGAAAAUACCGUCGUUAAUUAUUCACGCUGAAGAACUAAAUAAGUUCGUCGAACAAUUUCAACAUCAACAAGACAUCAUUAUUAACGCAUUAAUCGACGCCGACCGUAUUGCUGAGUUUGAACAGGUUGAUCGUCCGUUGAUUACUUCCAUGGAAUCCAUGCGUCUUGAAAUAAAAACAAUUGUCGCGAGUGCCGUUCCUGUGUCUACUUCCGAAAGUAAAUCGUCGUCUUCGUCGUUCACCAAUUCCGUGCCACAACAACAAUUCGUCGCGUUACCUAAAAUUAAAUUACCUAUGUUCGACGGCAACUUACUAUCGUGGCGAUCGUUUCGCGAUAUAUAUAUAUCACUCGUACAUGAUAACCAACACAUAGAUGACGCACAGCGUUUUCAUCACUUACUGUCGUGUCUAUCUGGUUCAGCGUUGGCUAUUAUUAAAUCUAUACCGUUGUCCGCGGCUAACUACCCGAUCGCGUGGGACGCGUUGUCCGAGCGUUACAACAAUAAACGUUUGUUAGCUUCCGCUCACAUGGACAAAUUAUUCGCCUUUAAACCAAUCGCUCAUGAAUCACUACCAGCUUUAAUUGAGUUCGUCAAUACAUUUAAGGAAAAUGUAUCAAUAAUUAAAUCGCUGGGGGUCGAUGACCUUUCGAGUUUUUUGCUGUUCCAUAUGUGCUCUCGCGUUCUCGACCCGACCACGUUACAACUGUUCGAAUCUAGUACGUCACAGUCAACUAUUCCGACUUUUGACGAAUUAGUAAAUUUUGUGCAACAUCGAUGUAAGAUUUUGGAAAAUCUUACAAAAUCUAAUAAAGUCGGUCGCAACGAAAAACCGUUCGAAAAACCGGAUGUUCGCGGUAAACAUACCAAAUCGACUAAAUCAGUGUUCGCUGCUACUACGCCCGCUUCGACUAAAUUUAAGACUAGGAAUUGUUUAUAUUGUGAUAAGCCCGAUCAUAGAAUAUAUCAAUGUCCGAAACUCACCGGAAUGACUGUUGAUAAACGACGAGACGUUGUAUUAGCUCGUAAAUUGUGUUUCGCGUGUUUGAGUUCGAGUCAUAUGGUCAAUACGUGUCCGUCGACCAAGGGUUGUUUUUCGUGCAACAGUAAGCGUCAUCACACCCUACUACAUCGUGAACAAAAUCAAACGUCAACUGUAGAUAAUACGACUUCGAAUAGUACCCCGGUACCCCAACCCACCACGUCGAGUGGUAAUUCUAGCUCGUUUGUCGGUGCCGCCUGCACCAAUUCUACCGUCGUACUAGGUACAGCGAUUGUUCACAUUAAAGAUGCGUGGGAACAAGUACAUUGCGUACGCGUACUGCUCGAUAGUGGCUCGCAGAUUUCCGCCAUGACUAGUGAUUGUGCAGCGCGGCUUGGACUUUCGAAACGUCGUUACAAGUCUGACAUCGUAGGUUUCGCACAAAGUCCUGUGUCCCACGUUCAAGGUAUAACCCGCUGUCAAUUUUCGUCACACGUUAAACCAGAUUAUUUAUUCCCGUCUGUUGACUUAGUUGUUCUAAAACAAAUUACCACUGCCAUGCCAGCUACUCGGUUACCAGCGACCGUGCGUCAACAAUAUCAACACCUUCGACUCGCCGAUGACAAAUUCGACACUCCGUCUCGCAUCGACGUUUUAUUCGGUGCGGAUAUCCUACCAAGUCUGAUCCGCCCACACGCGGGUGUAGAACAUCAUUCGGGUUUACCAUCGGCCCUUGACACUCAGCUUGGCUGGAUAAUUUUCGGUUCAUUUUCUACUCCGAACAAGUCACCUCCAGUCACGCUGACCACCGCAGUCGCUCCGCCCUCAAUCGAAGAUUUAAUUAAAAAAUUCUGGUUGAUCGAAGAACCCGCCGCACCGUCGUCACCUACCACGGAAGACCAGUGGUGUGAAGAGUAUUUUACUAAGUCUACCUCGCGUGAUACGACAGGUCGAUUUUGUGUCGCCCGUACCCUUCACCAUGUGCAUUCUGUUCUGUCCAGCGAAGUUCCCGUAUCUCGUUUGCGAGCAUGGUCAGACUCAUCGGUCGUCUUGUCAUGGUUGACGUCGGACCAAAAACAUUUCAAGAUCUUUGUAACAAAUCGAGUUGCAAAAAUAAGUCAAUUGCUACCUGGUUGUAUGUGGAGUUACGUCUCGACCAACGACAACCCCGCGGAUCCAGCUUCUCGUGGACUGUUGCCGAAAUCAAUGUUGUCCUCGUCCAUCUAUUGGAACGGUCCUGACUUCCUACGACUUCCCGAAGACCAGUGGCCCCAAUCGAGAUUUAUUCCGCUCACACCAGACCAGCUGCCGGAGACCCGACCGAAUGUCAUCACGACGUUGGCCGUCAAUGUUCAUCCGCCUUCACUCGAAUUUAUUGACCGAUUUUCGUCGCUCGGUAAAAUGCUGCGUGUAUUGUCAUACAUAUUGCGCUACCUGUGUCACCGUCUACGUCGACAACCUGUCCGCGUCGGUCCAAUCACGUUUACCGAACGGGAAAGAUCGUUAUCGAUCGCCGUGCAACGCACACAACAAGUUUAUUUUUCAGACUUGAGAAAAAUGUUAAAAAGUGAAUCCAUGAUUUCGCCGCCGUCCCUGGCACAACUAGCACCUUACGUCGACGAAAAGGGUAUCAUUCGAGUCGGAGGCCGUCUUCGCUUCGCUAGUGCCAGUCAGGACGCGAAGCACCCGAUUUUGCUGCCGCGAUCCUCACACCUCACCGAGCUGAUUAUUCGCCACUACCACCUGUCAUUUCUGCACGGCGGCUCAAAAUUAGUACUGUCAAUGUUAAGCCAAAAAUUUUGGAUUUUGUCGGGUCGCGCUGCGGUUCGACGUGUCAUAUUUUCGUGCGUUCCGUGCACCCGUCACAAGGCUGUCCGCCCUCAGCCGAUGAUGGCAGAUUUACCGUCCUACCGGGUCCAACCGCAUCGACCUUUUUCGCACGUCGGGAUGGAUUACGGAGGCCCGUUCUUCGUGAAAGAACAUCGCCGUCGGAAUGCGCAAUCAGUCAAGGUCUACUUAGCAUUAUUCAUCUGUAUGUCCGUUAAGGCAGUCCACCUCGAAAUCGUGUCGGAUUUGAGCACGGAGGCCUUCCUUGCAGCCUUAGACCGUUUCGUCGCCCGUCGCGGCAUCCCGUCCAACAUUUAUUCGGACUGUGGGACAAAUUACGUCGGCGCCGCGCGCCAGCUGAAAACGUUGUUCCGUGAUGCCAAAGUUCAAGAUCGUCUGUCAUCACAUCUGACCUGUGCGUGGCACUUCAACCCGCCCGCCGCCCCACAUUUCGGUGGAAUUUGGGAGGCUGGCAUCAAAAGCACCAAAUAUCAUUUCAAGCACGCCAUCGGUCAACAGGUGUUGACAUAUGAGGAGUUCCUCACCUUGACCACCCGCAUUGAGGGUAUUUUAAACUCGAGACCAAUCACGCCAACAUCAUCCGAUCCGCACGACUUGAGUGCGCUAACGCCCGGGCACUUUCUGAUAGGACAGCCGCUUCAAGCUUUACCCGAACCUGACCUCACCGACGUCCAAAUCAACAGGCUGAAUCGUUGGCAACUCAUUCGACAGUGUCAUCAAUCCUACUGGAAACGGUGGUCACGUGAAUAUUUAUCUACACUACAAGGACGACACAAAUGGUUCAAGUCAUCUCCGAAUUUGACGAUCGGUGACAUGGUCAUCGUUGAGGCCCCCUCUCGACCACCAACUGAGUGGCGUCUCGGUCGUGUCACCGAGGUCCACCCGGGAUCAGACGAGGUUGUUCGCGUCGUGUCCGUGCGCACGCAGGACGGUGUCUACAAACGUCCGGUAGUGAAACUUGUGCGUUUACCAGUCGAGCCCUGA